AUGUUAAUAUAGAUAUACAUAGUUGAAGAGUAGUGUUUACAUUUGUAAACUGUGUGUUUUCUAUAUUUUGUAAUGCUUGCAGAUUAAACAUAAUAUUAUUAUCAAAUUUACAAGAUGUAAUUGAUAGUUACAAAAAAAUUAAAUAAACUUCAAAUAAAAUGAAUUUAAUUACCGCUUUAAAAUUUUAUAUCACUCGGAUGACAGAAGAAAGUGGUCCGGGCAUGAAAGUUCUUUUGAUGGAUAAGCAAACGACAAGUAUUGUGAGUUUAUUAUAUAGUCAAUCAGAAAUAUUUCUUAAAGAAGUUUAUUUAUUUGAAAGGAUUGAUGCAAAUGUUCGUAAUGAAGGAUUAAAGCAUUUAAAAUGUAUAGUUUUCAUAAGACCAACCAAAGAAAAUAUCGAAUACCUUUGCAACGAAUUAAGAUAUCCUAAAUAUGGUACAUAUUAUAUUUAUUUCAGUAAUAUUAUUGCAAAGGCUGAUAUCAAACUUCUGGCUGAGAGUGAUGAACAAGAGGUAGUAAGAGAAGUUCACGAAUAUUAUGCAGAUUACUUAGCUAUUAGCCCUCAUUUGUUUUCACUUGGAAUUAAUACAUGCUCACAAGGUUUGCUAUGGAAUCCAGUACAUCUACACAGAACCGUUUCAGGCUUAAUUUCGGUUUUAUUGUCAAUUAAAAAAUGUCCUUAUAUACGUUAUCAAAAUAGCUCUGAAAUGGCAAAGAGAUUAGCAGAAAAAAUACGCGAAGUACUAAGUAAAGAAUCGAAUUCAUUUGAGUUCAAACAGGAUUCUUGUCCAAUUUUAUUAAUAGUUGAUAGAAGAGAUGAUCCUGUUACUCCUUUAUUAAAUCAAUGGACUUAUCAAGCAAUGGUUCAUGAAUUAUUAACUAUUAACAACAAUCGUGUUAAUUUAUCACAUGUAAAAGGCAUUUCGAAAGAAUUAAGAGAAGUUGUUCUUAGCGCGGAACAUGAUGAAUUUUAUGCAAAUAAUUUAUAUCUUAACUUUGGCGAAAUUGGACAAACAAUAAAAGAACUGAUGGAUGAAUUUCAAAAGAAAGCUAAGAAACAUCAAAAAGUAGAAAGCAUAGCCGACAUGAAGAAUUUUGUAGAGACUUAUCCGUUAUUUAAAAAAUUAUCUGGUACUGUAUCAAAGCAUGUGACGGUAGUUGGGGAACUUUCUUCUCUUGUGGAAAAACAUCAUCUAUUGCAAGUAUCAGAAUUAGAACAGGAACUUAGUUGUCAGAGUGAUCAUUCCAUGCAGCUGCAAAAAAUAAAAGAGCUUAUUAAUAAUCAACAAAUACGAGAAAUUGAUGCAGUGAGGUUGGUCAUGUUAUAUGCGCUUCAUUAUGAAAAAUAUGCAAAUAAUGAUAUCAAUGGUUUACUGAAUUUAUUAAAAAACAGAGGUGUUUCAGACAAAUAUGUGAAGCUUGUGUACAACAUAUUGGAAUACAGUGGAAUUAAUGCAAGGCAAAGUAAUUUAUUUGAUCGAGAAGCAGUAGCCAAGAUAACUAAAAAGUUAUUUAAAGGUUUAAGUGGAGUAGAUAACAUUUAUACCCAACAUACACCUUUACUAAAUGAAACACUUGAGGAUUUAAUAAAAGGAAAACUAAGUUUGCAAACAUUCCCAUAUCUUGGAAGUACAAUGAUGUCAAAAAAGCCACAAGAUAUUAUUGUUUUUAUGAUUGGGGGAACAACGUAUGAAGAAAGUCUGACAGUCCAUAAUUUAAAUAAACAAAAUCCUGGGAUAAAAAUUAUUUUAGGUGGUACUACCAUUCAUAAUUCAGCAAGUUUCUUAGAGGAAAUUCAACAUGCUACUUCGGGCAUCUUAACAAAAUACAAAAACAAUAAUAAUUGAAACACUAUAUGUAACUAUUUUGAUCUUAAAUAUUUAUUUAUACAAUUUGUAAUUGUUACAUAUAUAUGAUUAUAAUCUACUGAUAAUAUUACAAACAAAUUGUAGUAACAAAAAGUAGAAAAUUAUAUUAAUGUUAAGUAAAACUUAUAUUUCCAAUGAA